GUCUUGUUCUCGCGAGAUUUUCAGCGAUUGGCGCAUCAUUAUUGCCAACCAGCUAGCAAUACGACUGGGCGCCGCGUCUUUGAAUAACUCCAGUGUUACCGUGGAUUCAACCUCAUCGAGAGAGCGACUGUGCCACACUUAUCUACCGGCUGACGACUCUUUAUUCGACCUCCAUCUUUGGUUAUUAAUUUAGCAUUCACCCGUGUAUCCUCACAGGCUAAAUGCUAGUUGCUACGCUUCAUUUGCACCCUUGUUUACACAUUAGACCACAUUGCAAGUAACUGUAAACACGUCGUCGAACAGAGCAUCGACUGCCUUGUUAGCUCACGACCUAUUUUCUUAAAACCAACAAGAUGUUUAUUGUUUAUGUUUUAUAUCUUUAACAUACAAACAGGGUUUUAGCCUUAACCGCGUCGCUUGUCAUGUCUGUACACCGCGUUACCAUGACAGAUAAAGCACUGAAACACUUUAAAACAACUGAUAACUAAUGUGAUAUUACAAUGUUGUGUUGUAUCAUACGCUAUUUUUUGCUGUGAUAGAUGUUAAGUCGAAAUGACUAAGCUUGUGUUGCUUAGCAUGGCAGCAUCUCAUGGCACUUCAUAGCUGCCACAGCAGAGGACACCUCAGCAGCAUCAUCCCCCAUCUGUCUUUACAGGACAGCAACAGGAGAAGACCGCGGUUUAGACCAACCUUCCACAUUAAAACACCACCAACGCAAAGGACAAUGGAAUCUGCGAGGAGUGCUUUCCACGCUCAGCUGGCUACAGUCAUGGACUCGCUGCUGGCAGCCGCCGUGUGUGAGAUAGCCAAGAUUUUUGAGAGCAGCCUGUGUGAACAGCAGGCGGAGCUCGCACAGAAAACAGAGGAGAUCUCCGUCCUCCGAGACAAACUGGAGAAGGUGGAGAGGAGGCCGAAGAUGAAGGGUGGUGGAGGGUGCGAGGAAGGAGAGUUGUUCCCCGGAGACAAGGAGGGAAGCUCCAGACAGCAGGGCCUGACACCACCAGGUUGUAGGCCUACAGCUUAUACUUCAUAAAAGUAGAUCUGCAUGAUUCUGCAUCUACAAACACUGUCUUUUCAGGGAUGCACAACAUUGAUAUUUCGCCAGUAUCCCCGUGUAAUGACACUUAGUUUGGUUAAUAGGGGAGAGUGGGGUAAGUUGAGCCACCCCCUGUUGCUUGGAAAUGGUAAAAGAAAUUGAUCAUGUGACCAAAUAUUUAGGAGAUGGACAUCAGUUCAUGGAGUCUUCAAGGUUAGAAGAACAUGAGUGAAGGGGUUAGACAUUUAUUUACAAAAAAACAUUUUUCUCUCUUGAAAGUGAAUUUAGUCUGUCAUAAGUUUUAUCAGAAUUGUGUUCAGACCAAAAAAGAUCAUUUUAAAUUUGUUUUAUACAUUAAUUGGGAAUGUGAGGAAGUGACUGUUAUUUAGGGAGAGAGAAGGUGAGGGAGGGCUGGGUUGGACAGUGAGGGGGUAGUAGGGAUACGACUCAACUUACCCCACUCCUGUUGUCAGCUUACACCAUACACAGGGUAAGUUGACCAUAGGAGACCACUUUUUUUGGCAUGCUAUAUUAUCAAGACUGUUACGUUUACACUCAUUCUGUUUGUUUGCAGGGAUGAACAACAUCUUGAAAUAUAUGCAGAUACACUAGUUAGAGACAAAACUAUGAUUGUCUUGAAGUAGUGAUCCCAAAUAUGAAAAAUGGCUCAUCUUACCCCACUCUUCCCUACUGAUACUGAUGUGUAUUCACCUUUUUUAUUGUUAACUACACAUUUCUUUUGGACUUGAAUUAAUCUGUGACUGUCACUGUGACAGCCUACUUUAGAAUCAGACAUUAAGACAUGCAUUUGUCUUGAACAAUGGCAGCUUCUUAGAUACAGAAUUAAAUUGGUUGUGUUAUAGGAGUGUUGUUUUUCUUCUCCUCACAUCACCAAUCUUCUUACAUAAAUUCCAAAUAGCUUUUUGCCACUUGCUUCAAAUACUUCCAAUACUUUGAUACAGCUGGCAUGUAGAAGCCAUCUGUUGGCACUCUUACACUGUCAUCUUUUGUAUACAAUCGAUGGUGUCAUCUUAUGGGCUGUACUUGUGGACAGAAACGUCCAUAUCUAAAAAUUGAAAUAUUUAGAUGUUAAGAUUUAAAUGCUAAAAGGGAUUGUGCUGACAAUAUUGUGCAUGCCUAUUAUUUAACUACCAGCUCUUUCAAUAUAUAUCCAAAAGGUAACCUUAUCUUGCAUCAGAAUGAUUCAUUCUGUCUGUAUUGUAUGAUUGAAGACCUAUUUUAAUCGUAACUGACCACCUGUAUUUCCUUUGCGUAGGACUUAAUGUGGAAAAGGACUCAUCGACUCAUCCAGAACCAGUAGAAGGACUCAGUCAGAGCCUCUGUGGGCUAAAAGAGGAGGUUACAGGCCAAGAUGGAGCUGUAGUCAAACAUGAGGUCAGACCCUGUCCUACUGCUUUCUUUGUUCAAAGCUAAGCUAAAGCAAUUAAUUCUUGUAGACUUGAUUAUUCGAUAUUUUAUUUCCACACCUUAGAGACUUGUUUCCUCUUCUUGUUUCUUCUACUCCUCAGCAUGGUGGAUCAAGGCCAACUCUGGGGUCUGUCACUGUGCAACAAUCUGAGGAAAGCCUUUCUGCGAUGGACCAGAGGCAGAUAGAUGCCCUGUCUGCCACACAAGCCAAGGCCAAAUGUAAAUAUGCUUCACACACUACUUCUGCUGUAGACUAUUUCACUAUUUUAAAGCAAAGUUGACAUUAAAUUCUUCUAAAUGUCGGGGUAUUACAUUGUAGUUUGUAAGAUGGAAGUGCAUCAGUUGUUUUUCCUCUCCUUAUCUCUCUGCAGUGUCUCACUGGGAACAGGGCGCUCGCAGCGCAGACCACAGACCCCUUCAGGACCAAGUUUCCUCCCCUUUUCUCUCAAUCUCCCAGAGUGGUCGAUGCUCCCCCAGGGUUGACCCAAGCUUAGCUCCACAAGGGGAGUGGUUACCAGGCCUUGAUACCUCCCGAAGUGAGGCAACUGGUCUGGAGAGUGUGCAGGCAGAUGGCACAGGCUGCUCUGGCACAGCCAGCAGCAGCACCAGCAUGGAUGCACACGGCUACAGACCCAGUUUUGGCUCUGAUGAGACCAGUAAUGAAGGUGAUGAAAGCUCCUUCCCUUUCCUGGACCAGGAACCUGAGAACCAGAACUCCAAUCAGCCCUCAGUGCAGGGUCAUGGUGAGGGGAUACGAGGGGCUCGGCAGGUUCAACCACAUUCGCCCUCUGGUGAAUCACCAUGGAGACAGAGAGAUGACAGGGUUGUGAGAAGCCCCACAAGUCACGUUCGGAGGGUAACAACUUUUGCCAGUAGAGAUCCUCUGCGACUGCAGUCCAAUUCACAGUUGCUUACACUACGACACACAAACACCCUGAGCCACCCUGCUGUUGCUGGUGGGGGGAAUGGGCGACCCUACACCUGUCCGUACUGCACCAAGUGUUUUACCUACCCGUCCCACCAGCGCAGACACCUUUUACGGCACACAGGAGUCAGACUGCAUCCCUGUCAGUUUUGUGAAAAGAGCUUCCUCACUCCCUCCGAGCUAACUGUGCACACACGCACACACACAGGAGAACGGCCUUUCGGGUGCUCUCAGUGCGGGAAGCGUUUUGCCCGCAGUGGGAACUUGAGAGCCCAUCAACGGGAUGUCCACAUGGGGAAGAGACCCUUUGCCUGCACAGAAUGUGGGAAAAGGUUUGCUCAUAGAGGGAACCUCAGGGUGCACAAUCACAGAGUGCAUCAGGGUGAUCCAUAUUACAUAGACGAUCAACAGGAGCCAGACAUGGGUCCGAAUCCCAUCUGAAGGAUUGAAAAAUGAUCCGGCUUGCUAAAUUUAAUUUACAAAAUCCACCCUUGGACGUCAGCCUGGGCUUGUGUUUGUUGUGCCACACAGAAACUUAAUGGAGAACACUUCAAACAACAAGAAAUAAACAAUGUGGCGUUAUUCCUUGUUUUUUAUUUUAAAUUGGAUUUGGGGCGACAGUUUCAUUCACCAUUCAAAGUUUAUUGUUUGCUGAAUUAAUGAGUUACAUGGCCAAGUAGUUUUAAAACAAGUGUCUUAUUUAUUUAUUUAUUUUAUACUCUGGAAACUGGGCUCUGAAUUUGACAUCUUUGUAAAUGACUAAGAGCCUUCGGUUUUGAUUUUAAAAAAUCUCCCAAGGAUGAACUCAUAUUCAUGAUGUUUUUUUAUAUCAGUGGAACAAGAACACUUUUUUUGUCAAAGUCAAAGAACUACAAAAUAAAACAGCCAGUUAAGACAGUUUACAUGGCAUUAGAUUUAGACAUGUGGCAUGCAGAGUUAGGACUUCCCCAUGUGCAGCCCAUCUUCUUCAAUUUCUGUUAUGUGUUGUAAAAUGGAAAAGUGUCAAUGCAACAAGAACUGGACUGUGUUGUUUACCAUCUUUACCAUCUUGUAUUUUCAAAGUGAAAUUAAAUCAAAAUUAUUCUUCUCAUAACACACACAAGUGCAUCGCCAAUGUAUCUUCUGUGGUUGCACCACUCUUUGCCAGGCUCCAGGGGGCGAUGUCUUCUUGAUACAGAUUUAGAGACAUACUUGCAACAGCACUUCGAAUACACUUUUAAUACAAACACCCCUCUCAGCAUGUUUUGCUGUGGCCUAUAUUUUCAAUCAUGUUUUUUUUUUCUUUUUUUUUUCUUUUUUUUACUGAUGUUUGCAUUUGUGUCAUCAAGUCACAUCUCUCAUUGUCAUGGUCUCUUAGCAUGUGCCUAGGAGGCAAAAAUCAAAUACAAGUCCUUGGUCUGUUGCGAUGAAAA